AUGCCGCGGCGUUCGUCUAGCAGUACUGCACGCAAGCAGCGACACACUGCGUACUGUUUAUACACAGUGAAUAGGUGCAUUGACCUCAUCAGCGAGCCCGAUUGCAUAAAAACCAUGGAACAGACUAUUACUGUCGCCGAUCCAUCUUCGACUCGUACAGGAAUCAGAACUAUUGUAUCCAAGAGACGGCCAGGGAGAGCAGCACUGCAACGAUCGCGUGCAAAAUGCCAAGAACAGCGAAAACUACGCGUUCUUGUAGCAGUUGCAGAAGCGGCCAAUAAUUUGCCAACAAGCAAAGGAGGGCAGGAGCAGCAGGAGCAGCAGCAGCAGCAGGAGCAGCAGCAGGAGCCGCAGCCGCAGCCGCAGCCACAGCAGAAGCAGCAGCAGCACAGCGGUAGGGGCAGUGGCAGGAGCAGAGAUUGGGGCAGAGGCAGGAGCAGCGGCGGUUGGGACAGAGGCAGAGGCAGAGGCAUAGGAAAUGCCAGAGGAAGAG